UUCGCGUACUGUACAGUCGUAGGGCUUUUAGAUUUUCUGGUUUUCGCAGUUUUUGAAUUUUGCAAAACUGGAAGUUUUUAGUUUGUUAGCCUACUUUUAUUUGGAGUUUAUGCUUUCUUACUUUCUUAGCAGCGAAAUUAGAUGAAAAUAUUUAUCUGAACACUGUAUUAAGCAUUCCUCGCGACGCUAGUCAAGUGACUCGUGGCAGCUCUUAAGUUUUUAAUUUAUUCAGUUUUUAAAAUUUGUAUUUUAAGGCAAAUAUUUUUAUUAAAUGUUUUAGCGUUCAUUUUGACACUUUCUUCCCAUUCCGUUUGUUUGCUGCACGGACCUUUUACGAUAGUAAUUUAUUAUGCCUGUAUUCGCGGGAGGCUCCACUGGGGCCGCCAUCGGGCCACAUAACAUCCUGGCGGAGUUCUUCUUUAAUCAGGAUCAGUUGGCUAAUGAUCCGCCUCUUGCGCUGGCAGAAAUGCUAGCAGCAGCGGACAACAAUAAUGCACCGAACGCCGAGGGGCCAGCUAAUGCGGUCGUGGGCCUCCCUGGGUUUGCUGUGGUUAUCGACGAAGGCAACGAAGACGUGGAGCUUCCCGAUUUAUUGCCACCCGAACCAGAAGCAGCUGCCAAUGCGCCGCCGCAGCCACAGGCAGCUGCGAUGGAUCCAGCGCCACUGCAGCAGAUCGUGCUGGAAGCCCCUGUUGGCGCUGUGCAGAAUUUUCUUCUAGGAGGGUUUGGAGAUCUGGCGAAUCAGUUAUUAAUCCCGGCUGCAUUCGGCCAUCACCAUGCACCGGGCCUGGGUGCAGCGCUGUUGAAUAAUCUGAACAUCGAUCUGGAUAUCGAUGCCUUAGCCGCCGUUCCCCAUUUACACAUGGGUUUCUUGCCGGAAGACCUGGCGGCAUUAUUCCACGGAAACCUCAACCAGGGCACCCCGCAGCAUAUCGCUUCUAUGCGCAUGCUAAAAAAGCGGAUCCUGGUGCUGCGCGAGCGAAAACCUCAUUAUUGGCACCGCAUCGCCUUCGGACUGUUCAAGCGCACGCUGCGCGGCCAAGCCGGCGGCUGCGAUGCUAAGAUCCUGGUGCAGCCCAAACAGCCCUCUGACACAACUAACCCCACCGUUAUCUGGGUGCAUAAGUUCAUUGUGGUGAAGAAUCAAGUUUUCCGCCAGCUGUUGGGCUAUCGGAAGAUUGAGGACUGUCUGCAGGAUGAAGGCGGGCCGGUGAGUGAGAUCGACAUGCCGUCGGCCACGGCCGAGGUGAUGCGGUCCAUUGUGAUGGCGGCGUAUGAUCUGCCUCAGCAUAAAUUAAACCUGGAAAGUGCAUGGAAUUUGGAGCCGUGGGCUGAUCGGUUCUGUAUGGAUGAACUUGCCAAGCGGUGUCGGAGUAUUAUACGCACGGCUCCUGAUCGGUAAUUUUGCCGGUGGUGGGUGGAACAAUUUCCUGGAUAGCGCAGAUGCGCGGGAGUAGAUCAUAUGGAUGCCACUGUUUUCCGCUGACAAAGUGAGGCGUUUGUCGGACUGCUGAUAUAAGGUUUUAACGCUUUUAUUGUAUAGUCUAUAUAACAUUAAUAAUUAGUUUUUGUGCUAAUUUGGAUCUUUUACUCAGUUUAUUAUAUCUGCUCUGACCUGUUCUGGAGCUGCAUUUUCAGAGAGUUAACUUUGAGUCUUUAACGUACCCUAGUAGCAAUGAUUUGCUUUGAGUUUUGUGUUGCGGUACCCGAUAAUAAGUAAUUCUGGCUUCACGGUGUACGCUUGAACUAUGCUCAUCCCAUUCGUUGUGGCAUUAGACUUUAUUUUAAGUUCUUUUAGCCGGGUUUCAGUAUUUUUAGUUCCUUAAUUUGCUUGAUUUUAGUUUCGCACAGUGACACAUGAGCCAUUUUUGCAGAAUAUCGAAAUAAAGACCUGUCUGUG